ACAGUAGGACGGCAUUCACUAUGUUUCGUUUUGGCUAAGCUGUCGUCUGAUCUCCAUUGCUUAUAUGAAACAAACAAAUCGCCACCUCUUCUCUGCAAAUCCUUAAUUUGGUCGGACUCACUCGAACACUUGAAGUCUCUUUGGCAAAAGAUGGAUCUCUGGUUCCUCAUCGUCGUCACCCUCUCCGUCGCCGCCCUCCUCAGAGCCACCGUCAACCUCCUCUCCUCCGACGCCAAGAAGAAGAAGAGCCUCCCGCCAGGCCCCCUCGCCUUCCCUGUUAUAGGCAACUUCCUAUGGCUCCGCAAGUCCUUCUCUGAGCUCGAGCCCAUCCUCCGCUCCCUCCGCGCCCGCCACGGCCCGAUAGUCACCCUCCACAUCGGCUCCCGCCCCGCCGUCUUCGUCUCCUCCCCCGCACUCGCCCACCAGGCCCUCGUCCACCACGGCGCCGUCUUCUCCGACCGGCCGCCGCCCUCCGCCACCGUCCGCGUCCUCUCCUCCAACCAGCACAACAUCAACUCCUCCUCGUACGGCCCCAACUGGCGCCUCCUCCGCCGGAACAUCACAGCAGAGAUCCUCCAUCCCUCCCACCUCCGCUCCUACUCCGGCGCCCGUGCGUGGGUCCUACACAUCCUUGUGAGGGAGCUCAGGUCCCAGGCCGGCGGUGUCGUCCGGGUCGUCGACCACUUCCAAUACGCCAUGUUCUGCUUGCUGGUCCUCAUGUGCUUCGGAGACAGGCUCGAGGAGAAGCAGAUUAGGCAGAUCGAGGAGACUCAGCGACGGUUGAUGCUGGGUAUGCGGCGGUUCAGACUGCUCAAUUUCUGGCCGCGGCUGAGCAAGCUCGUGCUCCGGAACCGAUGGAAGGAGUUCUACGAGCUCCACGAGAAUCAGAAUCGCGUCCUCGUCCCGCUCAUCAGAGCUCGAUCCAAGGCCAAGCGAGAGCAAUUGAGCAAAGCCAAGGAGAACGGGAAUGAAGUUGAUGGUGAUUGGACCGUGUCGUACGUGGACACGCUCCUGGACCUGGAGCUGCCGGAGGAGAAGAGGAAGCUGGAGGAGAACGAGCUCGGGAGCCUCUGCUCGGAGUUCCUCAACGCCGGCACCGACACAACGUCUACGGCGCUGCAGUGGAUCAUGGCGAACCUGGUCAAGUACCCAGAAAUCCAAGAGAGGCUCUACGAUGAAAUCAAAUCAGUCGUGGGACAAGGAGCGGAGCAAGUGAAGGAGGAGGACCUGCAGAGGAUGAGCUACCUGAAGGCCAUUGUGCUGGAGGGGCUGCGCCGCCACCCGCCGGCGCACUUCGUGGUGCCGCACUCGGUGACGGAGGACGCGGAGCUGGGCGGGUACGUGAUCCCCAAGGACGUGAACAUCAACUUCAUGGUGGCGGAGAUGGGUUGGGACCCGGAGGUGUGGGAGGACCCGAUGGCGUUCAAGCCCGAGAGGUUCUUGAAUUGCAAAGCCGGGGGGUUCGACAUCACGGGGAGCAGGGAGAUAAAGAUGAUGCCUUUUGGAGUGGGGAGGAGAAUCUGUCCUGGAUACGGGCUUGCGAUGCUGCACUUGGAGUACUUCGUGGCGAACUUGGUCUGGCUGUACCAGUGGCGGACUGCGGCGGGCGAAGAGGUCGACCUGUCGGAGAAGCAGGAGUUCACCAUAGUGAUGAAGAACCCUUUGAGUUCUCAGAUUUGUCCCAGGAACGUGGGCACCAGGAACGUGGGCACCUGA